AUGCCCCCAGCACCCGACAUCCUGUCGCGUUCUGAAACCAUAGCUACUCACUUUCCCGCUCUCAAAGACCAAUGGAAGAAUCCCGAAGACAUUCUCUCAAUCCUGAUGAUAAUCGGGGGAGACAUCGUCCAAAGUGCACUGUCCCAACUCAUUUCAUCACACCCUAGACCAUUCACUCCAGUCGCAUUCUCCUUCGGCUGGGUCGCCUAUUCAUUUUCCGCCAUUCUAUCCGCCGUCGGCUCUCGACAACUUGUUCCUGAACCAGAUUGUCGCUGUAUCCUCAUCGAGGCCAGCUCGGGCUACUCAAGGGAUGUCAACUCUUGGGUUCUUUCCCGGCUCGUCCGCGACUACAAGAGGAGACAUAACCAACGUACUGGUCUCGAGAUAACAUUCUUCGACACCGUACCUGACAAACAAACUGGUGUACCCGACCGCGAUUGGGUAUAUUACCAAGGAGUGCUUGUCAUCCUCCUCCAGAUUGCGAUCGCCGCUAUACCUGGCGCCAUUGAUGGGAAUUGGCUCGUCAUGAUCGUGACCUGCAGUGGGAACCUCCUCGCACAAAUACAGGCGGCACUCCCACAGUGGAGGCAGGAGUUGUGGGGCGCUCGACAGAUCAAGCCACGGAAGCAAGAGGUGAUAUGCCUCACAAAGGGUAAUGGCAGCCCGUAUGUGAUGGUCAUUCGAAGUUCGCAGGAUCAGUUGAGGUUGGCUGACUUGGCGAGCGGAACGGAAGCAGCGAAGGGGUCAAGGUUGACUGUUUUUGCGACGUUGGCGCUCACAGUGUUGUGGUUCGUCCUUCUUCUCACUAUGCAAGGUGUGGAGGAUGGGCAUUGGUAUAUGCUUGUGAUUGGAGCCGUCGGGAUGUUGCAGAACGUGAUUGCGGCAGGAGCGCGUCGUGAACCUGCAGCAUUAGGGUUUCAUCUCAAACAACGCGUCACAUUUCACUGCAAAAAGGUAUUCGAAACACUUACAGAGGCAGAGAAAGUCGAGCGAAAUGUGGGGCUCGACUUAUUAGACGUCUUCUUUCCUGCGGGCCUAAGGGAGCACGAAGAGAAAUGGAGGCAAGAAAUGAAGGAUAAGUACAGGCAAGAGAAGGAGAGUUUGAAGGAGAUAAGUUAUGAGAAUGUUGCUACGGAGAAACAGUAGAACCGGUGGUAUGUGUUAGGAACGCUCCGGGUACAAGACAGGGACGAAUUGACUGGUCCAGUGGUCGUACUAGCCAACUUUGAGUCUUUAGUCCGUUGAUGGCGGGAAAUCAG